AUGUGCCUGUCAUUUUUCGUUUUAAUAUGGAGGACAACGGAGCGGAAGAGCGCGAAGGAGGGACUUCCCUUUCCUGCCCCGCCUCCGUGCGAGAAAUGCAGGCUGGAAGCGCGGAGCCGUCUUUGUGCGCAGCGAUGUUGGCGAGCGGGGCUGCAAGGGGGGAGCCUCGAGCCAAAGUUUCUAAAACCAGCUUGGACGUCUGGCACUUCUCGCUCCAUAUAUGGACACAUCUGGGGGGUCAAGACUGACGAUGAAGCUUCUGAAGUAUCACUGGAAAAAGCUGAGGAGCAGGUGCAGGAGCAGAAACUGAGGAGUCAAGAUGGAGCAAAGGGACAAGAGGAAAGACAGACUCACACAGGGGACAAACCUUAUAACUGCUUGGAGUGUGGAAAGAGCUUCAUCUGGAGUAGCGCCCUUACUUCACAUCAAAGAAUUCACACAGGUUACAAACCAUAUAAAUGCUUGGAGUGUGGAAAGAGCUUCUGUCACAGUGGCCAGCUUACUUCGCAUCAAAGAACUCACACAGGGGACAAACCUUAUAAAUGCUUCGAGUGUGGAAAAAGCUUCAGAUGGAGUACCAUCCUUACUUCGCAUCAACGAACUCACACAGGGGACAAACCUUAUCAAUGCUUGGAAUGUGGAAAGAGCUUCAGUGACAGUAGCACCCUUACAGUGCAUAAAAGAAAUCACACAGGGGACAAACCUUAUAAAUGCUUGGAGUGUGGAAAGAGCUUCAGGUGGACUAAUGCCCUUAAGGUGCAUCAAAGAAUUCACACAGGGGACAAACCUUAUAAAUGCUUGGAGUGUGGAAAGAGCUUUAGUCAGUGUAGCACCCUAACAUUGCAUCAAAGAUCUCACACAGGGGACAAACCUUACCAAUGCUUCGAGUGUGGAAAGAGCUUCCGCGAGAGUAGAACCCUUACAGUACAUCAAAGAAGUCACUCAGGGGACAAACCUUAUAAAUGCUUGGAGUGUGGAAAGAGCUUCAGUCAGAGUAGCAGCCUUACUUUGCAUCAAAGAACUCACACAGGGGACAAACCUUAUAAAUGCUUUGAGUGUGGAAAGACCUUCAGUCAGAGCAGCAACCUUACUUCGCAUCACAGAACUCAUACAGGGGACAAACAUUACCAAUGCUUGGAGUGUGGAAAGAGCUUCCGUCACAGUGGCCACCUUACUUCACAUCACAGAACUCAUACAGGGGACAAACCUUAUAAAUGCUUGGAGUGUGGAAAGAGGUUUAGUCACAGUGGCCACCUUACUGUACAUCAAAGAUCUCACACAGGGGACAAACCUUAUCAAUGCUUGGAAUGUGGAAAGAGCUUCAGUAAGAGUAGCCACCUUACUUCACAUCACAGAACUCACACAGGGGACAAACCUUAUAAAUGCUUCGAGUGUGGAAAGAGCUUCAGUCAGAGUAGCAACCUUACUUCGCAUCACAGAACUCAUACAGGGGACAAACCUUAUAAAUGCUUGGAGUGUGGAAAGAGGUUUAGUCACAGUGGCCACCUUACUUCUCAUCAAAGAAAUCACAGAGGGGACAAAUCAUAUAAAUGCUUGGAAUGUGGAAAGAGCUUCAGUAAGAGUAGCCACCUUACUUCACAUCACAGAACACAUACAGGGGACAAACCUUAUCAAUGCUUGGAGUGUGGAAAGUGCUUCAGUCGGAGUGACACCCUUAGUAUACAUGAAAGAAUUCACACAGGGGACAAACCUUAUAAAUGCUUCGAGUGUGGAAAGAGCUUCAGUCGGAGUGGCCAGCUUACUUCGCAUCAUAAAACUCACACAGGGGACAAACCUUAUAAAUGCUUGGAGUGUGGAAAAAGCUUUAGAUGGAGUAGCGCCCUUAAGAUGCAUCAAAGAACUCACACAGGGGAGAAACCUUAUACAUGUUUGGAGUGUGGAAAGAGCUUCAGUGACAGGAGGACCCUUACUAAUCAUCACAGAACUCAUACAGGGGACAAACCUUAUCAAUGCUUGUAGUGUUGAAAGACCUUUCAUCAGAAUGGCUACCUUCAGGCGCAUCAAAGUAUCUGUACAAGGGAAGAGAUUUAUCAAUGCUUUGAAAAGUUUUUAUUUAUUUAUCUAUAGAUUUAUUAGUGGCCCAUCUGGCUGGUUGUCCAGCCACUCACAACUUGUUGUUGUUGUUAUGCUCCUUCAAGUCGAUUACAACUUAUGUUGACCCUCAGAAUCAGUGACCCCCAAUAGCAUCUGUCCUGUUCAAAUCUUGCAAGUUCAGGUCUGUGGCUUCCUUUAUGGAAUCAAUCCAUCUCUUGUUUGGCCUUCCUCUUUUUCUACUCCUUUCUGUUUUUCCCAGCAUUAUUAUCUUCUCUAGUUAUUAUUUUAAGAGCAUUCUGUAUUCCUAUUGUGUGUAUCACACAAGUCUGGGCUCUCCUUUUGCAUCUGUGCGCAUCAGCCUCUGGGCUUCCUUUUGGCUUUGACCCAGCUGCGUCAUUAGUCACAACACUACUCGUACUUCUCCGUUGUUCUUCCCCAGUAGCUUGGUGAGUGCCUACUGUCCUGGGCGUCUCAUCUUCCAGCAGUAUCUCAUGUUGAAGG